CAGCUUUAUAAAUGAAGAAAACAACAUUCGCUUUAGAACAGUGCCUUGGGGUAAUUGCAAGCAUGAAGAACAUUCUGCUCCUUGGCUGUCUGUUGCUUAUGGUACCCUUUCUGGGGGGUCAGGAACACAACCUGGGCGUAAUAGGCAUAUGCUGGAGGAUUUUCCUGGAAGCAGCCUCCGCCAUUGCGAACCGUGGCAUGCCCCUCAUCAAAGACCUGGUAAAGUGUACCAACUUCACGAACAGCGUUGAUCUGGAGAGCAUGGACGUACCGAUGCUCAUGAUAACGGGAUUCAAAUUCCUGCAACACGUGGCCAUGGCCACCGACUGCCUGUGGAACAUGACCGAUGCGGUGGCCCAGAUUCUAGAGCCCCAUUGGAGCAGGUAUUCCAGCUAUCAGUGCAGUUACGUUGGUGUUCCGCAAAGCUGCCUGCCCUUAGCGGGCUGAAGCGGACUGUUAUGGCAGCAUAUAAAAUGGGUUUUCAUGCAUGUCUCAUAUACUCCGUAGAGUUAAAAAAAGUCAGUUCUUUAAAUGAAUUUCCAGCAUGCAGUGCUUAAAACCCGCAUUAAUCCUGAGCUGUUUCUGGGUAAUAAAUACUUAUAUAGUGAGCUGUUUAA